AUGGCCUCGGGGCUCGAUCUCACCUACCUGCAGCGGGACGACGGCGGAGUGGACGAGCCCGCCGCUGCGUCCUCGAUGGGCUCCAUCGGCUUUAGAGCAAACACCAGCGAUACCACGAAUGAUACCAGCUACAGCAACAGCCGGAACGAGUUCGCCGGAGACAGCAGCACGGGCGUCGGUGCCGAGGAGGAGCAGCAGCAGGAUGUUUACCGCACGCUGUACGAGAACCCCGGAGCGGCGCAGAACUACAUCGUCGACGGCUCCGAGGCGGGUGUCGCUGCCAAUGGCGGGGGCAGCGCAAUGGGUGAUGUGAUGCAGCAGCAGGCCAACGACACCGCCGAACAGGACAAUAUGCGGCCCUGGACCGAGCUGAAGACGAAGGCAGGCAAGGAGCGGAAGAGGUUGCCACUUGCGUGUAUCGUAUGUAGGAGGAAGAAGAUUCGCUGCUCGGGCGAGAAACCGGCAUGUAAGCACUGCUAUCGAUCGAGGAUACCGUGUGUCUACAAGGUGACCACCAGGAAAGCGGCGCCACGGACAGACUACAUGGCCAUGCUGGACAAGCGGCUGAAGCGGAUGGAGGAGAGAGUGAUGAAGGCCAUCCCCAAGGACGAACAGCGCGAUAUGGCUGGCAUCGGGCGUGCGACUGUAAAACCGCAUCCGCCGGGACAGGCUUCUCGUCCUGCCAGAGCUGCACUGAAGAAACGGACGGCAGCCGAAGCCUUCAGCGCCGAACUGAAUGAAUGGACUCGACCUGCUACCGCUAAUCCCAUCCCUCCUACUACUAAUACUGCUACUACCACUGCUACUGCUCCUACUAAUACGGCGUCUGGCGAGAAGGAUGCCUCGAUAUCGGACAUGCGUUCCGAUCUUCCUCCUUCCUUACAGCCACAUAUCAACACCGAACACAAGCUGCUCUCGCAGGGAGCAGAGUUUCUACCGUCAAUGGAACUCCAGGAACAUCUCGCGGAAGUCUUCUUCGACUGUGUCUACGGCCAAUCCUAUCUACUUCUACACAAACCGAGUUUCAUGCGUAAGUUGAAAACCGAUGCCGUCCCUCCAGUCCUCAUCCUGGCCAUCUGUGCCGUCUCUGCACGUUUCUCCACCCAUCCACAGGUCAACACGGAGCCGGCCUUCCUACGAGGUGAGUCCUGGGCAGACGCUGCUGCAGACAUCGCACUCGCCAGACACGACCAACCCAACAUCACCAUCCUUACUGUCUUCCUCAUCCUCGGUCUGCACGAGUUUGGAGCUUGUCAUGGUGGCCGAAGUUGGUCCUUCGGUGGAAUGGCAUUACGUAUGGCCUAUGCCUUACAGCUUCAUCGAGAACUCGAUCGCGAUCCUCUUGGACAGGGCGGUAAUGCCUCAGAACUAAGCUGUACAGAUAGAGAAAUCCGACGAAGGACGAUGUGGGCGUGUAUCCUUAUGGACCGUUACAAUUCAUCUGGUAGCCAACGGCCUCCCAUCGGAAACGAGAAAUUCUUACAGAUCCAGCUACCGAUUAAAGAGUCGCACUUUUGGCGCGAGAUACCGGGUCCAACUGAAGACUUAGAUGGUUCAGUGCCCAAUCCUGUGCCCGAAGGGGUCGGUCAGCUGUCCAAUCCAAGAAACAAUAUGGGAAUAUCCGCAUAUAUCAUACGAGGUAUCAUGCUAUGGGGGAAGAUUGUCGAUUAUCUUAACCUAGGCGGCAAAGCAAAGGAUCCCUGCCGACUCUGGGAACCGGAAUCGGGUUACAACCAGCUGAAGAGGCAGCUGAAGGAGUUUUCUUCUUCGUUACCAGAGAGUUUAGUGUUCAGUUGGGAGAACCUACAAAACUACGCGGUCGAAAAGAUUGCAAACCAGUUCAUUUUCCUACACAUCGUCAUUCACCAGAACACCUUAUUCCUUAACCGAUUUGCGAUCCCACUCUCUCCCCGAGGCCGCCCGCCGAGAGAUAUUCCGAAACCAUUCCUGAGCGAAGCUGGACGGGCUGCAGUCGAAGCAGCAAGUCAUAUCUCUAUGCUUAUCGAUCAGGCAUCUGGAUACAUGCUCACUGUUCCAUUUGCUGGCUAUUGCGCCUACGCUGCAAGCACCGUUCACAUUUGGGGAAUUUUCUCCAAGAAUCCACAACUCGAAGCAGCUUCGAAGGAGAACUUCCGACACACCUAUAAAUAUCUAAACAAGAUGAAGCGGUACUGGGGUAUGUUCCACUACAUGGUUGAGAGUUCGAAGGAAAGGUAUCGACAUUUUGCCGAAGCUUCUGUUCGAGGUCGCAUAGCACCCGGUGUCAAUAAGGAUAGCAAAGAGCAAGACGUACCGAUAUUCCAGUAUGGUGAUUGGUUCGACAAGUAUCCUCAUGGAGUGUCGAAGUUGCGCUGGGAGGAUCCUGAUGUAGAAGUCAAGAAGGAGAGCGGUAGCGAUGCAGUGAUGGCCCAUCAGUCUGAUCUACAGAGUGUCGAGGAGUUCUUUACCAGCUUAUCUCCUGUCUCGCCGUCGGGGGGUCCGAGAAAAGAGGCGAAGCGAACAGACACCACCACACCGUCCGAUAAGGCCCGACGGCAAGCUGCGACGAGAAGUAACACCAUCUCUCAGCCUUCCAACGUUCCCUCUACACAGGCGCCACAGCCUCGAAUUGUCCCGAAUAGUAUAUCACCGGAUCAACGACAGCAUCAACAGCCACAGAUGCAACCUCAAAUGCAACCAGUUCCAACCACCAUGAGUUCUCAAAUCCAACAACAACCAGAACCCAUGCCAAACCACGUAACCGCCGAUUACUCCAACUACACCAACCCGAAUAUGUACACACACCACACAGAACCGACCCCCUUCAGCGCUCCUGCAUAUAAAUUCCACACCAACCCCGACCCACUACCACAAUUAGACCGACAACUUGUUUAUGACGCCUAUAUCGGUGUCGAAGCUAUACCCCAACAUCCAAUCCCCACUCCAUCUUCCAACAGCCAUCCUAUCCAUUCCCAUCACGCACCACAACCUCAACCGCAGGCUCAACCCAACCACGGCCCCGAUCCGAACAUGAACAAUUCCUACUGGAACAACAACAGCUACCAAUCCUACGAAAUGCAACCCCCCAUGAACUGGAACGGCGAACUCAUCCAAUCCAGUGCAUGGUUCUUGCCAUUCAACCUAGACCCAAUAGCGGGCGGUCUUGACGGGGAUGUUUCGCAGUCGGGCGCCGGUGCAGCCCCAGCCAUGGCAGGAGGGCCCUCUCAUUCCCCUCAACACCCAGCCGUGUCUUCCGGCAUGUCAAUGGGCGAUGGGGGUUAUUAUGGCCCUCCAACCAUGAUGCAUCCCGUGGGCAUGGGCUUAGGCAUGAAUGAGAGCAUACCUCCCAAUAUUUCAGAAACCAUCCGGGAGCGGGUGGGCUGA